AUGAGUACGGGUGUUUUGGGUUACAUACGAGGUGUCGACUUCUCUCACAAUGACUUCUCGGUAAGUUAUUAUAAUUUAAUAUUGGGUUAAACACUAAGAUCGACGCAUCUUUUACAUUGAAGUAUAACAAAAUUACUAGAUAGAACAGAAAGUUAGAAAUCUAUGAAAAGAACCGCUUACAAACGAAUGAAUAAUUUUAUACUUUGGCUAGAGAUACGAAAAAGAACUCUGAAUAAUGCAAAAAAAAAUAAGCGGCAUUUAAAGUAAUAUAAUAAAGUUUAACUUCAAAGAGAAUAUUAUUUAAAAAAUUGAAUAACAAGGUCUUUUAAGACGGUGUUCAUUUAGAACCCCUUUGAAUCAAAAGGAACUCAUUAUAAGUUAUACUACUUGCAGGGUGAUCGAUUUCCACAAGAAGUGGCUCAAAUGGCACAUGCGACCUGGCUCAAACUGAACGACACAAAACUAGAGCAUGUCCCAGACGAACUAUCAGAUCUGACAAAGCUAGAACACCUUCAAAUGACGAGAAAUAGCCUUCAAAACAUCCAUGGUGAACUCUCAGAUCUUCCAAAACUAAGAUCAGUCAUCUUUAGGCGUAAUCAGGUAAAAUUUUUUCCUUACUUUGGAGUUUAGACCACGAAUCUGUCAUUCAAAAAUCAUACAACUCCUGUGAAAACCUCACAAACAAUUUAAAAUAAUAAUGAGGACGAAGAAUGAAUAUCAAAUUCAUGUUUCAGAUAAAAACAUCCGGCAUUCCCACAGACAUUUUCCGCAUGAAAGAUCUGACCAUAAUUGACUUUAGUCACAACUCCCUCAGAGACGUUCCGAACAAUGUGGAGUACGCGAAAUGUGCAAUCGUCCUAAAUUUGAGCCAUAAUAAUCUUGAGAGCAUACCAAAUUUAGUAAGUUUAGAGAAACUGGAUUUUGAGGAACCUACUAUCAAAAGCAAUAUAGAAAUCAGAUUUUCUGAUGUUACUAAUUGACGAUACGGUUCAAUAUUCAUAUUUCAGGUCUUCAACAACCUCAUCGAUCUCAUUUUUCUCGAUUUAUCCCACAAUAAGGUCGACAACCUUCCAGUUCAACUCAAGCGUCUGGUCAAUCUUCAGAUUCUGAAACUCUCUUUCAAUCCGUUGAAAAGCUUUCAAUUCCCAACCAUGACGUAAGUAGAAGACAACAAAAUAUCACAAUAUUUUUUCAGAAUGCAAAAUCUGCGGGUUUUACAUCUCCGGAACACCAAUCGGACAGCUGCGAAUUUCCCUUUGACAUUCAAUGGAAUGGAGAAUAUCCAAGAGCUGGAUCUGGCCGAAAAUGCAUUGGAAAAGUUGCCGGAAAGUGUCUACGAGCUGAAGAAGCUGAGAAAAUUGGACAUCAGCCAUAAUAAAGUGAGUAAACUAAUAUUUUUAAUACUCAUCUACUCAUUUAGCUCACUGAGGUCAAUGUCCCCGAUGAUGCCUUAGAAGAGCUGGAAACGGUCAAUUUCAGCGACAAUGAAUUGCUUUCUCUCCCAGAGGGUAUCGUCAAAUGCUCUAGACUGAGAAGAAUAUACGCAAAUUUUAACAAAAUUACCUUUGAGGGUGAGUGUCCAUCUUACCCAUGAUGAAGAUCCAAUAUUCAAAUGAAACGGCAAAUUUCAGGGAUGCCAAAGGGAAUUGGAAAGCUCUUACAGCUCCAGAUCCUCUACCUUUCCCAUAAUCGUCUUCAACUGAUUCCAGAGGGAGUUUCGAGAUGUGUGAAGCUUCAAAGGUUAAAGUUGGAUAGUAAUGGACUUCGGCAGAUUCCGGAUGGACUAUAUCUGUUACCUGAUCUAAAGGAACUCGAUCUGACAAAGUAAGUUACAGGAAGAAAAAUUUCUGACGAAAAAACAUUUUCCGGAAAAUAAGUCAUCACCGUCCUAUUUUUGCUGACACAUUUUCUGGACACAUAAAUUUUCUCGAAAACCAAGUGCAAUAUGCAAUAAUGCAAAAACUUUACAACUGUUUGCCUUGGUUCUUGUUUUAGACCACCCUUGAACGAUUUACGACCUAAAAGGUUCAAAAAUGAAGGAUAUAUAAGUUUCUUAUGUUAUCCAUAAUGAAGAUAAUUAACUAUUUUCUUUUCAGCAAUCCCGAAAUUGUUAUGCCACCGAAGCCCAACGAUAAAGCCAAAGCACUGGCCUUUUAUAACAUCGACUUCUCACUUUCACAUCGGGUAAGUUAUUUAACAGUUUUUUUUAUGUUUUAGAUAAGAACUGGAAUGGAGAGUUUUGAUUAGGAUGACGCAUUCAAGCGUGCAACCUGAAGUAUCUGGUCGUAAUAGAUUGUUAUUGUCUUAUGAAGCUAUUUCUAAUAUUUCAAUUGGUUUCAGAUGCCAAAUCACACGACAAAUUCCUCAAAUUCAUCGGUAGACCAAGGCCGAAGGGAUGCCAUGCAAAGGAAAAAGGACUUCAUCAAGCGGCGAAGGCAUCAAGCUGAUGAAGAUGGGGCCUCAAAGGUGAUUGCAGCAAUGUCAAAAAUGGCCAAGAAUAAAGAUGACGAUGAUCAACCAAUGGAAAAUGGGGACUCUCUACUGAAGGCACCUCCAAGUUGGAGAGAAAGAAUGGCCAAUCAUCAAAAGAAGCUUGAUGUCUCACAUUUAUUUGAAGCAGACGUUGGACAGUAUGCAGGACUGUGGAUUUGGGAUAUUGAGAACUUCUAUCCAUCGCCUACCGAUCCAUCCGUUUACGGCCACUUCUACGAAAGCGAUUGUUAUAUUAUUUUGAAGACAAAUGAAGAUGAAAAUGGCCAUUUAACACAUCAGAUCUACUAUUGGAUCGGUGACAAAGCAAGUUUGGACAAGGGAAUGUGUGCUGCUGUUCAUGCCGUUCAUUUGCGAAAUCAUUUGGGAAGUGAUUCAAGUACUCAUAGAGAAGAUAUGAAUGAUGAAAGCGAUGAAUUCCUUGAUCUUUUUGAUGACGAUAUAACUUAUAUUUCGGGUGGAAGAACUCAGAGUGGAUUCUACACGGUUGUUAAGCCGAAAUUUGUGACAAGGUAAGGUUUAUAUUAUUUUAGGUAUAGUUGUUGAUGAAAAUUUAUAAUUUUUAUGUCUUUAGGUUAUAUCGAGGUUCCGUAGAAGGUCAAAAAGUGAAUAUGGAGCCAGUCUCCUUGAACUACGACUCUCUGGAUCCACGAUUCGUGUUUUUGUUACAUACAGAGAAGACUAUUUGGAUUUGGCGAGGAGUCAAAGCUAGUGUAAGUUAGAUUGAUGGAUUCCCAUGUGUUUUUAUUUUUUUCGAUGUUUGAAUAACAAGAUGAAGGAGUAUUGUACUGUAUUAUUCUUGCAGAACACAACGGCGAGUAAAGUCCGACUGUUUGCGAGUAAAUUAAACAAGAGAGAUCGAAAAGACAGAGCCGAGAUUGAAGAAUGCACUCAGACCAGAUGCCCUCCAGAAUUUUGGAUGGAUUUUAUUGGACAGCCAAAGAGACCGCGAGAGCCCAUUAUUGAACAUGUACCGGACGACUUCAAACCACCGAAAUCGAUCUUAUACAUGGUCAAAAUGGGAAUGGGAUCUAUGGAAUUGCCACAAGUGGAGUUGAAGGGGAAUAAAUUGCACAAGGAUGUCCUUAGGACUGAUAAGGUGAGAUUUCAAACGAUUUUUUGGGGAAAGAAAAGAAGAUUUUAUCUAAAAUAAUGUCUAAUAUAACUAAUUAAAAUUUACCUUUUUUAGGUAUUUAUUUUGGAUUGCACCAGCGAUUUGUUCCUCUGGAUGGGCAAGAAAGCGAAUCGACUUCUCAAGUUGGCCGGUCAAAAGAUUGCGGCUGAGCUGCACACCAUGAUCCAACGUCCGGAAUACACAGAUUUAUGUCGAGAGAAUGAAGGAGAGGAAUCGACAUGGUUUAGACAAAAGUUUGCCGGCUGGGACGAUGUAAUACGAGUUGAUUAUACGAUGACUGCCGAAACUGUCCAACGACGAGGCGCUGAUAUCAAGGUGAUUAUGGAGAAGGACAAGCUGAAGGUCGAAACGGAGGCGUUGUUUACGGACAGACUGCCUGGAAUGUCCCAUGAAGAAAGUGAGAUCCUAAUGGAGGAAUGUAACGCCGAUUUGGAAGUGAUUGAGAGCUUUGUUUUGGUAAGUCAAUAUUGCUUUAGGCAUUUGUUACCUAAAAUUUUAUUUUUUUGCAAUUUUAACUCUAAAAUACGGAAUUAUUUUUUCAGGAAGGCAAAAAAUUUGUCCGACUCCCCAAAAAUGAAUUCGGAACCUUCUGUACCAAGGAUUGCUACGUCUUUUUGUGCCGAUAUUAUGUCACGAAUGAUGACAGCGACUUCUCGGAUGAAGAUAGUUCCGGCGCAACCGAAAGUGGAAGCAGUAUAGAACAGAAAAAGCCGGAUCAAGAUCAACCGGACGACUUCAAAUGCGUGGUUUACUUCUGGCAAGGCAGGGACGCCGGGAAUAUGGGAUGGUUGCAUUUCACAUUUACAUUGCAAAAGAAGUUCGAAUCUCUCUUUAAAGACAAGCUAGAAGUAGUGAGGAUGUAUCAACAGCAGGAAAAUCACAAAUUCCUCUCACAUUUCCAACAAAAGUUGACGAUAAAAAGGGGAUCUCGAGCCGAAAGGAUCAAAAAUCCGAAGCCAAAAGUCCCCGAAUUGUAUCAGAUGAGGGCUAAUGGAAGCUCAGUUAAUACAAGGACGAUUCAGAUUGAGACGUCAGCAAAGAAUCUGAACUCGGCUUUCGGUUAUAUUCUCCUUGUCCCAAAUGAUCAAGAAGUGGUCAAGAAGAAGAAGGUGGCACAGAAUGGUGAGAAUUUUUAUUUUAAUUCUGCUUCAUACGUGUUAGUUAGUCAUUCAAUCGAGAGAAAAUUAAUUUUGAAAAAAUCAUUAUGUUGUACUUGACAAUUGGUCUCUAAAAAAUGUAUUUUUAGGUGAUGCAGACGAGGAAUUGGGUGAUGAAGAAGAGGAGAUCCCCAAAUAUGGAGAUAUUUACGUCUGGUUUGGCGAUAAAUCCGACACCUACUACCAUCGGACCCUCAGAAGUAUCGCCAAUGAGAUGCUGAAUGCCGAGAACAACUAUGAUGUGGUCGAAAUCUAUGAGGGCCAUGAGCCAGAGGACUUCUGGACAGCCCUAGGAGGGAAGAAGAAGUACUCAAAAGAUGCCGAGUUCAUGAAUUACACUCGCCUUUUCCGCUGUACCAACGAAAAGGGCCACUUUUGUGUGUCCGAAAAGACGGUCGAUUUUUGUCAAGACGACUUGGACAACGAUGACGUCAUGAUUGUAGACAGUGGGAAAUAUGUGCUGAUGUGGUGUGGAACAACAGCCAGUGAAGUGGAAUGCAAAUUGGCGUAUCAGGCAGCGAAUGCGUAUGUGAAUAAUCUGAAAAUGAAAGGCCAGGAAAGACAGCUCAUGUUGUCCGUGAAAGGUCUCGAAUCCAAACGAUUCAGAGAACUUUUCCACGGAUGGAGCCAUCACAAAGACUUUGCGGCUAGUGUCUUUGAUGCCAAGUAUCGAUGA